UUGGGGGCACGAGGCUGGGGAGACGCCGCCGCCGGACGCCGGUGGUUGGAUGAGAAGCGGACGCGCGGUUGCGGCGUCCGCAAGCACAAUUGCGCAAAAGAGCCGCUCGGGAGGCUCAGGGACGGACGUCCUCUCGCCUCCUCUCCUGUCCCAUGCGGGACGCGUCGCAGGCCAGGCACGAAAGGCCUCCCAUUAUCCAUGCCGUCUUCGCACGCACCUCGACAAGUGCCAGCCGCCAGGCGGUCGGAGGUCAGGUCUCCCUGCCAAUGUGUAUCAGUGUAUGCCAAGUAUGCAGAUUCUCCUCUUCUCUGAGGACCUCAAGCUCAACCAAUUUUAUGAACUCCUCGGGAUCGCCAAUUGAAGGUAAAGAGGAUCUCAUCGCCAUCUGCAGCUGCUUCUUUCAGCAUCUCCUGCCACUGAAGCAGCUGCACCUUUCAGUCACCUUGGAGAUGACCCUACCUGUGAUGUCGGUGACCACUGCUGAACAAAUCACUCCUCCCAUUGAUGAAGCAGCAUGUAUGAAUAGUCCGAGCAGCUGCUCAAAGGAAAGUUGAGGAACUGGGUGUAUAUCGAUUAGGUGUUUUUUCUGCACUGUCAUCUGAGGGAUUUAGCUGGUUUGUGGCAGAAAAAGGACAAUCAAAAUGUAUGGAGUGAAAGAGGUUCCAAGGGAGGGAAAACGAGAAUUACGAAGCACACCGAUUCUGCGAUUGGGAGAGCCGGAGAAGUCAAGGGUACAUAGUUCUUGUCAUCCACGCAUCAUAGGGCCCUGGUUGAGAGGAACAGGGCACUGCUGUGCAUAGUUUUCAUCUCGAGUAAUGGCACUGUUGCCAUACCCUCCGAAGUUUGGAUUGA